AUGGAGGACGACGGACAGCGCGAGGCUCAUGAGAGAGGCAUCACCAGGACUUGGCGAGCAUGGAGGACGGCACACGAGAUGGUAGCCGAUAGGGGAUACGAGCUUGGCGAACAUGAAAUCAACAUGUCUCUUGACACCUUCAGGACCAAGUUCGUCAACGAAGAGGGUGGUCUAGCUCGUUCCCUACUCAAAUUCUCUGCGCGACCCGGCGAGGAACUGACCCGCCGCUCCAUUCCUCCUGCUACGCCCGCCAACCCCGAGCCCAAGCCCACGGCCGGCACCAUCUACGUCGAAUUCCUCGACGACAACACCCUGGGCACGGAGCAGAUGCGUCGCUUCGGCAAGUGGUGCGCCGACAACCACCACACCAACGGUAUCAUCAUCUCCAAUGUCGCCGUCUCGAGCGCCGCCAAGAAGGAGAUUCCCAAGUUCAAGGACUGGACCGCCAUCGAGUGGUUCUUGGAAGACGACCUGCUGAUCAACAUCACCCACCACGACCUCGUGCCCCGCCACGUCGUCCUCUCCCGGGAGGAGAAGACAGCAUUGCUCAAGCGCUACCGUCUGAAGGAGACUCAGCUUCCUCGUAUCCUGAUGCGAGAUCCCGUCGCCAAGUACUAUGGCAUGACGCGAGGCCAGGUGGUCAAGAUCAUUCGAAAGAGUGAAACCGCCGGUCGAUACGCCAGUUACAGGUUGUGCGUAUGA